AUGAGGAUGGAUUACCAUGAUAAAUAUAAUUAUUUCAUGAAUAUAAAGCAACAUUUUUUCUUUAAAAAAAAGAUAAAAGAAUUUAAUGUAAAAUUAGGAAGUGACAAUGUAACAAACAAAUCCUUACUGAAUUUAUCCGAAAAACAACCCAAGUUUGAAAAUGAUGAAAAUGAAGAUAGUAAUAUAAAUGAGAAUUUUGAAUAUGUAGAUGAAAAAAAGAAGACUAAAUUAAAUAAUAAGAGCAGUAUGAAUAAUAAGUUCAAUAAUAAUAACAUGAUGAAUGAUAACAACAUCAUUAAUUGUAAUGAUAAUCAUAUUUUUAUUGAAGAAAGUAUACCCAAACUUACUCAUAACAUAACAGCAGAUAUUCAAAAUAUAGGUAGUAAUGAAGAUACACAAGAUAAUAUCUUAUCUUCAUAUGAGAGUAGUUGCACUAAUGAUACAUAUUGUAGUAGUUAUUAUAUAAAGGAUAAUAAUUUAAAAAAUGAAUUUAGUGAUUCUUGUAGUAAUAAUAUAUAUAGCUCAAAUAAAGGAGAGUAUAAUGAUUUUAUGGAUAAUGAAAAUAUGAAUAAUGUACAUGAAAAAAAAAACGAAUGCACCAAUAACAUAGAAGAUGGUAAUGUUAUAAAUGAAUCAUUAUAUGUAGAACAUCAUAUACGACGAAAUAAUGAUAAUUUUGAUCAUAUAAAUUAUAAUGAACAUGGUAUUAAUAAUGUAAUGAAUCCAGUUAAUAAUAUGAUCAGUAUACAGAUGAAUUAUGAUUCAUCGAUAAUUAAUACAGAUAAAAAGAAAAAGUAUGAACAUAUUAAUAACACAAUUGAAGAAUUAGAUAAUUUAUGUUUAAGUGAAAAUGAACAUAUUCAGAAUAUCGAAGCAAAUAAUAUAAACAAUAAAAAAACAAAUGAUAGUGUGACAAAUAAAAUAAGUGGUUCCAAAGCCAAUAAGGGAAAUAACAGUAAUAAUAAUAACAAUAAAUCAAAUAAUAACAAAACAAGUCAUCAUAAUAAGUCAAAUAAUAAUAAAGAUGAUGGUAGUAAGAAUAAUAACAAUAAUAAUAAUAAUCAUAAUAAUCAUAAUAAUAAUAAUAACUAUGGAAAUAAUAAUAGUAAAAAAAAUAAUAAUAAUAAUGACAAUAAUGAUAAUAAUAAUAAUAAUAAUAAUAACAAUAACAAUAACGGUGAUAAUAAUAAAAAUAAUAAUAAUGAUGAAGAUGAUGAUGAUAAUGAUAAUAAUGGAGAUAACAAAAAAAAUAAAAAGGAAAAGGAUAAAGGUAAUCAUAAAGACACAUCAAACAAAAAUAAUAACACGGAUAAAAUUAAUGAUAGUCAUAUGGUUAAGUCUGAUAAAAAAAAGAAAAAUACAAAAAAUAAUACGAAUAAUAAAAAUAAUUCAUCCAUUAGUAAUACUAUAAAUAUGAAUGGUUCAUGUAUUGUAAAUAAUAAUAAUAAUAAUAUUACAAAUCCAAUCAAUAAAAAUAAUGGAUUAUAUAAUAAAUUGUAUAAUAUGAACCCUCCGAAUACAUAUGAUAAUCAUGAAAAUAUAAUGAAUCCUGAAGAUGUUGUAAAUAUAAAACAUAUGGAUAUGAAAAUAUAUCCUAAUUUUGGAAACAUGAAUAAUAUGAAUAUAAUGAAUAAUGCCAAUAUGAUGAAUAAUGUAAAUAUGAUGAAUAAUGUGAAUAAUAUGAAUAAUAUGAACAGUAUGAACAAUAUGAACAAUAUGAACAAUAUGAACAAUAUGAACAAUAUGAACAAUAUAAAUUAUAUAAAUGAUAUGGUAGAUACAAAUGGGGUAGGCAAUUUUUUUAAUGUGCCAAAUAAUGGAUUUAUUAAUAUAUGUAAUAAUAAUGGUAAUAAUAACAAUACCAAUAAUAAUAAUAACAAUAAUAAUGACAAUAAUAAUAACAAUAAUAAUAACCACAACAAUAAUAACAAUAAUAAUAAUUAUAUGUCAAAUAUAAAUUAUGUUCAUAACCCUAAUUAUAUACCUAAUAGUAAUAUUAAUAAAUUAAAUAUAAAAACAAAUAUACAUUCUAGCGAAAAUGAUAUGAUGAAUAAUAAUUUCAAUCCAAAUAAUGGUAUGUUUACAUCUAGUUAUUCUGAGAUAAAUAUGAUGAGAGAACAAGACGAUUUAAACAAUAUGAAUAAUGGUCUUUUUAUGAAUUACAAUAAUAAUAUGAUGAUGAUGCAACAUGGAAAUAAUGGUGAUAUAUUUUUUAAUGAACCUAAUAAAGACAAAUUAUAUUUAAAUAAUGAAUCAUUGAAUAAUUAUCAUGAUGAAAAAAAUAAUAGUAAUACGAAUAUAAUAUUUUUAAGUGGUACUAUGAAUCCAAAAUUUGAAGAAUCAAAUAUUACACCAAAAAAUGGUUUACAUUAUGAAAUGUUAAAUAAUAAAGAAAUUAUGAAUAUAGGUGAAUUAAAGGCUGAAGAAAAUGAUGUUUUGCAUGGUAUGCCAAGAAAUGAUUGGAUGUAUAAUAAUAAUAUAAAUCAUAUGAAUCACAUAAAUAAUAUGAAUCACAUAAAUAAUAUGAAUCACAUAAAUAAUAUGAAUCACAUAAAUAAUAUGAAUCAUAUAAAUAAUAUGAAUCACAUAAAUAAUAUGAGUCCUAUAAAUAACAUGAAUCAUAUAAAUAAUAUGAAUAUUCACGAAGAGCAACAGAAUAAUUUUAAAAACCAUUUUGAAAAUAAAAUUAAUGAAGAAUCAAGGUCACAUAAGAAAAAUAAAAAAACUGCUUGCGAUAUAAACAAUAAAAGUAAUGAUAAUAAUAACGAAUAUGUAGAAGAUGAAAAACAUAUGAAUCAAAAUUUAGAAGAUAGCUUAAAUUAUAAUGAAGCAAGUACUUUGAAUUUAUUAAAUAUUUCUUUUAACGAAAUAUUUCGUGAUAAAAAAGAUUUAAUCGAUAAAGUUAUUACCAAAAAAUUUAAAUAUAAAUUAUCCAAAAUUUUAAAAGAUAUAAACCAAGACAAUAUAAAAUCAAAAGCAAAAAAAAUAAAACGAUUAAUUGAAAAUGAAAAAAAAUGUGAUAAAUAUGAACAAGAAGAAGAUGAUGCAAAAAAUGUAUCUUCUUUUAACACGAAUAAUAAUGAAACUAGUGAGCCAUCGAGUAGUACAAAAGUAGAAAAAAGAGAUGAAGAUAGUUUAAGUUGUAAAUCAACUCCCAUCGAUGAUAAUAAAAAGAUAGAUAAGAAAGAGCAUCAUAGUAAUAGUCAGAUAAAGGACAAAAAGAAAGGUGCUGGUUCGAAUAACGAGAUCAUAAAUAAUACCUCAGAGGGAGCAACAAAACAAGGAAAAGAUAAAGAACAAGAAGAGAAGAAAAAAAAAAAUAAUAAGAAGAAUGAAAAAAUUGAGAAGAAUGAGAAAAAUGAAAAAAAUGAGAAGAUUGAAAAAAAUGAAAAGAUUGAAAAAAAUGAGAAAAACGAAAUGAAUGAAGGGAAUGAAAAGAAUUCAAUUGUGAGCCAAAUUGUUUCAUCAAAUGGUGAUGCUGAACAAAAUAUAAAUGAUAUAAACAAAAAAGCUCCUGAAAAAAAUUCAUUACAAUCAAAUAUAUAUGAUGAAUUUUCACACCAAAAAAUUAGUAGUGAUGAUAUAUGUUGUAUAAAUGAAGAUGAUGUAAAAUUAAAUAAUGAAAAACAACAAGGUAAAAGUUCUAGAAAAAAUAAGAACAAUAUAAAUAAUAAAGAAGGUUGUUCAGCGUUUCUUGAUGAAAAGAAAAAAAGUCAGUUGACAGAAAAUGAAGAGAAUAAAAGGAAAAAUGUAGAUGAUAAUAAUAAUAAUAAUGAUAAUAAUAAUGAUAAUAUUAUUAAAGGGGGUAAUAAUGUUACUUUAUUGAAGAACAAGAAAAAGGGAAGUGUAACAUAUGAUUUGAAAAAUAAUGUUGAAAUAGGAAGAUAUGGAAAAAUACAAGAAAAUAAUGAAACAAAAACAGAUGAUGAUCAACCUAUAGGAGAAAAUAGUUUAUUUGAUAACAAUUUUGAAGAUUAUACAUACUAUACUGAUUAUACAGAUGAUCCUAUUAUGAGUGAUGAUAUUAGUGAUGAUUAUGAGGAUGGUGAGGAUGAAGAGGAUGAGGGUGAUGAUACAAAUGAUGAUAAUAAGUAUAUUACAGGUAUUAAUGAUAGAUAUAAAGAAAUAAAAAUUGAAGAUGAUGUACAAAUAAGAAGAGAUGUAUUUUUCUUUAAUUUGUUAAAGAGUGUAAUAAAAAAGAAAACAUCAGAAGAUAUGUUAAUAUAUAUGAAUUUCUUAAACAAAAUAAAAAUGGAGAAAAUAUUUGAUAAUAUAAUACAACUAUCAUGUGAAAUAUUUAAAACAUUAUUAAAUUUUAUAGAAAUAACAAAAGAUUCAUCCACAUAUAGAUUAUUACUUAAAAAUUUAGGUGCAUGGAUAGGAAUUAUAACCAUAGGUAGAAAUAAGCCAUUAAUGUCGAAAUAUAUGAAUAUUAAGCAAUUGAUUCUAUAUGCAUAUGAUAAUGGUUAUUUAAUAGUAACUUUUCCAGCAUUAUGUAAAAUAUUAGAAAGUAUAAAAAAUUCCAAAAUUUUCAGACCACCCAAUCCAUGGACUGUUAGUAUAUUGAAUUUGUUAGGAGAAUUACAUGAAGCCCAAUCAUUGAAAACUAUUUUAAUUUUUGAAAUAGAAAUACUUUUUAAUUAUUUUAAGAUUAAUGUAUUUGAUUAUUAUAAUAAAUGCAAUAUAAUAAAAUCUCGUAACUUACCAGUUAAUUCUAAUGAUUUAUUUUUUAGAAAUAGUUUUAAUGAACAUGUAUCUGUGAAUAUUAAUGGUAUAAAUGAAAAUAAUAAUAAUAAUAAUAUGAUUUCAGUUAAUGAAAUUACACCUACUAAUUAUACAAAAUCGUUUAAUACUAAUAUUAUAUAUUCUGAAAAUUUGAUAAAUAUUAAUAAUGAUAGAACUAAUAGAGGAGGUUUAGGUUUAUCUAUAAAUAAGGAUGUAAGGUUUAAUAUGUUAAAUAAUUAUAACACAACGCAAUCUGCUCUUGCUACAUCGGCAGCAACAAGUAAUAAUAAUAAUAUUAAUAAUAAUAAUAAUAAUAAUAGUAGUAAUAAUAAUAAUAACAAUAACAAUAAUAAUAGUAAUGAUUUCUUGAGUUUUAAGGGUGCUAAUUGUAGUUUAUUAAUUAAUAAUAGAAAAGAAGAUGAAGGAAAGGAAAAUAAUAAUACGAGAGACUUGAACAACAACAAUAAUAAUAUUAAUAUUAAUAAUAAUGCACAUAUUAUGAAUCAUUUAAAUCAAAAUCAUGCUCAUUUAAGUAACGGCAAAAAUAUUGUUAAUAAUCUCAUAUGUAAUUCUUCAUCAGAUAUGAUGUUAUUAAACAAUAAUUAUAGGAAUACGUUCAGUAUGAAUCCUAACCUUAAUAAUGUAAAUAAUAAAAAUUUUAAAAAUAUAGAUUUAUAUAAAUCUACAAAUAAAAAUAUUCUUAACACUAAUGAUGUGCAUUUGAAGAGUAGUAGUGUAUCGAAGAAAUUAACAAAUCCAAAUAUUAUGAAGGAUAAUCAUUUAAAUACAAUAUCUAAUUAUUUAAGUAAUGAUCCUAAUAUUAAUCAUAUGUAUACAAAAGGUGGUAGUGUUAAUACGAAUAUUAAUAUUAAUAAUAAUAAUAAUAAUAAUAAUAAUUUUAUUUUAAAUAAUAGUAUGGAUAUGUAUCCAGUUGAUAAUAAUAUAUAUAAUAAUAUGUAUGUAAAUAAAAAUAUGGAUAUAUCUAAUAUGAUGAAUAAUAAUGAAAACUUUACAAAAUCUAAUAAUAACAGUAAUGAAGAAAUGUGUGUAAAAGAUGUAAAAUUUUCAAAUAAAAAAAAAGAUAAGUUGAAUGAAAUUGAUUUUAAAAAUAAUAUACCUAAAAGUAGUAAUAACUACAAUAUAAAUAAAACGAAGUUUUCUGUAAAUAAUAAAAAUGAAACAUCCUACAAACUUAUGGAUUUGAAAAAUGGAAAGCUUGUACAUAACAAGGAAAUAAUAUAUUAUGAUAAUAUCAUGAAGGAUUCAUAUGCAUCAUCAUCACCAUCAAUGAAUAAUAUAAAUGUAAAAGGAAGUUAUAUGGAUUCAUCAUUAUUUAAGAAUAUGGCAUUAAAUAAUAAUGUAGAAAAAUUAAAAAUGAAUGAAUAUAAUAAUAAUAAUAAUAUUAAUAAUAACAAUAGUGGUAGUAAUAAUAACCAAUAUAGUAAUAGUAAAAAUAAUAUGAUGUUACCACCAUCUGUUGUGUGUUCACCAUAUAUAGUUGGUAAUAAUGAAAUGAGUAUGAAAAAUCAUAUGAUGUAUCAUGAAAAUGCUAAUAAUCCAAUGAAUAAUAAUAAUAAUAAUAAUAUUAAUAUCAAUAUAAAUAAUAAUAAUUAUAAUAAUAAUAAUAAUAUUAAUAGUAAUAGUGUUGCUUUAAAUGAAAUUCUAAAUGAUGAAAUAUUAAAUAUAUUAAAAAAAAACCUUAUAAUAUCACCAAAUAUACAAUUAAUUAAGAUACACCCUAAAUUUAAAGCAUUAAUAUAUUUAGCUUUUGAUUCAUCCAUUAAAGAAGUUAUUACAUCCAUUGUUGAUCGUUUUGUUUUGAUUGGAUGUAUAACAACAAGAGAAUUAGUGAAAAAAGAUUUUGCUAAUGAAUCUAAAGAAACUAUUAUGCAUAAAGUGUCUUUAUUAAUGGCAACAAGCAUAUCUUCAUCACUUGUUUUAGUGUCUUGUAAGAAACCACUUAAAAAUAUGUUAAUACAAAAUUUAAGAAAUAUUAUUGAACAAAACUUUCCAGAAAGAAAUCCUAAUUUAAUUAUUGUUGAUGAUUUUAUUAAAACAUUAAUUAAUGAUAAUAUUAAUCUAUUAUAUUUAAUUAUUGAACAAGUAGCUAUUGAAAAAUCAUCAAUAGAAAUCGAAGAAAUUAUGAAACCUAUAUAUGCUUCUAGAAAAUAUGCACGCCUUAAUAAAUUAAAUAUAAAUGAUAAUACAACAAAUAGAUAUUAUAAUGCUUUGCCAUCGUUUUUAAAAGCACAUAAUAUUACUUUAAAACAUAUACAGGUAUAUAAAAAUUUCAUGAAUCUAAAAAUUUUUAAGAAGUUACAACAGAAAUUAUUAUCCAAUAAUAAUAAUAUGGAACAGGGAAAUCAAGAAUACGAAAAUGAAAAUGCUCAAAUGACUUAUCCAAAUAAAAGAAAUAUGGAUAACAAUCCAACAAAUCAAUUUGAUCAGAAAGUAGGGGCAGACUUUAAUGAUUAUAAUAAUGUUAAAAGAGAAUCUCAGAUAGAAUAUCACAACAAUAACAAUAACAAUAUUAAUAAUGGUAGUAAUCAGGAUAGUGGUUUAAUAAAAAUUAUUAAAAGAGACGAUGCUCCUAAGGAAGAUAAUAGUAAUAAUAAUAAUCAUCAUCAUCAUCAUCUUAAUAAUCAUAACAAUAAUGAAAAAACAAACAGUAAAUUUGUGGAUGAUAAUAAGUUCUAUCAUGAUAAUAAUAUUAUGGAUAAUAAUGAGGAUAAUAAUCAUAAUCUAGUUACGUCUCAUCAUAAAAAUCUAUCCAAAAUAAAUACCGUAAAUAAUAAUGGACUGAAUUUUAUUCCUUGUAAAAAUAAUAGUAUAAAAGAAAAUUCGAAUUUUCAUAUAGGUAAUUAUAAUUAUAUAAAUAGUAAUAAUAAUGUUAUAAAUUUUAUGAAUAAUAAUAAUUUAUAUAACUCGUGUAAUUUUAAUUAUAUGUAUAAUAAUAAAAACUCUUUUAAUUUUAACUACAAUAAAUCUGAUACUAAUUUUAAUACGAAUAGGUAUGUGAACGUAGAUAAUGUGAACACUGGUAAUAAUAUGCACAUGUAUAACUCAUCCAGAAAUAUGGUUGAUACACAGGUAGGCAAUAUGCAAGUCAUUCAGAAUAACAACAGUAGUAGUGGUAAUAUGGAUACUGGUAUAUAUGAUCACAUUCAUGAUAAAAAUAAUGGUAACAGUAUUGAAAACAGCAAUGGUAAGAUUUGUAAUAAGAAAAAUAUCAGCAACAUCAACCAUGUUAACAGUAUUAAUAAUAGGAGGCAGAAGAAGAAUGAAUAUGAGAUGAAUAUUGACAAUGGCAGUAAUAGUAAUAUACAGGUGGGGGGUAACAUAAAUCCUUUCGAUGAUAAAACGUUUAGAGGGUUAACAGAACACAAUGAUAACGAUUCUAGUUUUAAUAAAAAUGGUCUAUUCAACAACAAUGUGUGUAAUAAUAUGAAUGGUUAUAUUCCAAAUAUUAAUUACAUGCAUAACAAGGAUGUUUUAAAUAACCAAGGAAAUAUCAUGAACAAUGAACAAUAUAUGAUGAUUAUAAAUAAUACAAUUAUGAAAAAAGGUAUAAUUAAAAAUAAUUUGUUUAAUGAACUGAAUAAUCAUUAUAUUGGUACAAAUAACAAUAUAAUGAAUUCAAAUGAUUUGAACAAAAUGAAUGCAAUAUACAAAAAUAUGAUCAGUAAUAAUGAAAAUAUAUUAAAUAAUAAUAUAAUUGAAAAAGUUGUUAUGAAUAAUGACAUGUGUAAUGGUACUCUUACAACUAAUAGUAAUAAUACUAACAAUAUGAAUAAUAUUAACAAUAUGAAUAAUAUGAACAAUAUGAAUAAUAUGAACAAUAUGAAUAAUAUGAACAAUAUGAAUAAUAUGAACAAUAUGAAUAAUAUUAAUAAUAUAAAUAAUACUUGUAUUAAUAAAUUGAUGAAUAAAGAUAAUAUCAUGCAAUUAGAAAGUGAGAUUAAUAAUAAAAAUAUAAAGAAUAAUGAUAACAUUCAUUUAAAUAAGCGUGCAAUAGAUAAUAAUGAAAAAUUUCUACAUAAGAACUCAAAAAUAAAUACUCCUAAUUCCAUUCAUGGAAACAAUAUAGAAUGUAAUGAAAAUAAUAAUCUGUACCUUAAAAAAUUAAAAAAUAUUGAUUUAUCAUGUAAGAAAAAAUUUUCUUUUUUUAUAUCGGAGAUUUUUUUAAAAGAAAAUAUAAAGAAAAUAAAUAUAAAGGAAAUUAUAUCACUUUUUGAAUUUUGUAUGUUAAGUAUUAAGGAAUAUAUUAAAUAUAUUAUGACAUACGUUCCAAUGAUUCCAACUAAAAAUACAUUUAAUGAUUAUAUUAAAAUUAAAACAUCAUUUUUUAAAAUGGAAAGGAUUAUAAGUACAGAUGAACCUUCCCUAUUGUUAUUAUCAUGUUUAUCAUCGAAUCAUGAUAUUUUUAUUCUUUGUAAAAUUAUUGUAUAUGUAUGUGAAAACUGUUCAAAUAAAAAUGAAGUGUAUAAAAUUAUAGGAACGAAAUUGUACAAACAUAUACAAGAAACUAUUAAAGAUGAAAAUAGUGUUAUUUAUUCGAAUAAAAAUAAUGAUAUAAUAAUACUAAACAAUGAAAAUAUAAAUGAUGAAGAAAAUAAUAAUACUACUACUAGUUAUAAUAAUAAUAAUAAUAAUAAUAUUGGGGAUGAUAAAAAAAAUGUGAGUUCUUCUACAUAUUGUUUUAAUAAUAAAAAAAAAUAUAUAUGUUCCUUAUCCAUUGACAAUAAUGAAUAUAAUAUAAAUAAAAAAAAAAAUUUAUAUUCUACAUUUACUGUUAUUAAUGAAUUCAAUGUUCUAUUAGAAUUACAAUUAUGUAUAUUAGAUAUGUUAUGUAAAAAAAACAAAAUAUUAAAAAAAUUGAUAACAUCUUAUAUAUUAAGUUCCCCGAGUAAUAAUGUUAGUCAUAUUUCUUUGUUUAUACGUUAUGAUAUUGUUCAUUACACUAACUUGGAUAAAAGUAUGUCCAAAUAUUUAAAGAAUACUACUCAUAUUAAUAUUAUACAAUUUUGUACAGAACUAAUUUAUAAUUUAAUCAUUCAAAAGAAAUAUUUAAAAUGUGAACAUUUAAAAAAAUCAAUUAAAAAAAUUGUUAAAAUUGAUAAAAUUUUAUCAAAUGAUAAUAAAUAUAUUCAUAUUCCACAUGCCGAAAAAAUGCAGUUAAAAAAUGUACAAGAUAGAUUGAUACAAAUGAUUAAGCAAAUUAAAAGAGAAAGAAAAUAUUCAAAAAGGAACAAACAGGAACAAGAUGUGCAACAAGAAAAGAAUGUACAGAUUGAAAAGGUUGUUCCAUCUGAUUUAACAGUCCAAAAUAUUGAAAAGGAUAAAAAAUGUGGGAAGGAACAAAUAAAAUUGUUAAGAACAUUGACUGAAUAUAUAUGCAUAACAAAAGAACAAAAAAGAAACAAUAAUAAUAAUAAUAAAUGUGAUCGGGACGAUGUAACAAAUAAAAUACAUAAUGAGGAGGUUAAAAAAAAAGAUAACAAAAAUGAAAAAGAAGUAGAACAACAAAAUAAAUUGAUUAAUAUGCAAAAUUCAAAGGAAAUGGUAUCAAAUAAUAAAAAUAAAAAGGAACAUUAUUUGUUAAGCAAACUAAAAAUAGAAUAUGAUAAUAAUAAUGUAGAUGAAAAUACAAUGUUCCUAUUGGAAAAAUUAAGUUAUGAAAAUAAGAUCGUAGAUUCAGAAGAAAUUAUAGAAAAGGAAAUUGUAAAAAAUAUCAAUCAUCCAAAAAAUGUUAACAUAGAAAAUCAAAAUAAAAUAACAUCAAAAGAUAAAUUAGAUACCAUAAUAUACUCUAAUGUAAAUGAUAAUAUAAAUAAUAAAUAUGUAACAAAUGUCGAAAUGGAUAAUUUAAAUAUUAUGAAUAAAGAAGAAGAUAUAAAUAAUUUAAGUGAUCAUUCUAUAUCAUCUUAUAAGUCUUUAACAUCAACUUCGCAGGAUAACAGUAUUGAUACUGCAUCUUCCCUUUCUUCGAAAUCAUUUUCUACAUCUGAUGAUGAAAAUGAACAUUCGAAUAUUUCAUCGUAUCAUUUUUCAGAUUGUUCAUCUACUAUAUCAGAUACAUCCGUUAUAAGUACCUUUUCGUUAUCGUAUUAUAAUUUUGACGAGAACAUUUCAAAAGAAAAUAAUGAACAUAAUAAAAAUGAACAUAAUGAAAAUGAACAUAAUAAAAAUGAACAUAAUAAAAAGGAUGAACUCAAUAAAUGUGAUGAUAAUUCGAACAAUAUUUUAAGUGAGAAAGAUAAUCAUACUAAUAAAAAAUAUUUAAACAAAAAAUCCUUUUAUUUAUAUGAUGUAUUUAAUAUAGAGCCAAUAAAAUAUAAAUAUUUGCCCUCACCCCCAAUAAUAAAUGAAGAGAAAGGAGUAAUUAUUGCGUGUCUUUUUGCUGAGUGGUAUUUUAUUUAUAAAAAUUACUUAAAUAUUUUAAAGAUGAGUAUAUCGAAUGAUAUGCAAGAUGUAGUAAAUCAACAACACAAAGUAAAAUGCAUAAAUUUUUUUCGAAAAUUAUCAAAGAAUGGCUUUUUAAAUAUGGAUGAAGAAACUGAUCAAUUCCUAUCUCAUUCCAUUAACAUUUCGGUUAAUAUAGCUUUGUACAAUUUAGAAAAGGAUAAUAUGUUACAAGAGGAAUUAUUCGAAAGAAUUCAAAAUAAAGAAAAUAAUGAAAAUGAACUAAUGGAUGAUGAUAUGAAAGAGAAAAAUGACGUAAAAAAUGUAGAUACUCCUCUUUAUGACGAUGAGAAAAAAAAUAUGAAUAAAGAACAAAAAAGUGACAAUCAUGCAAAGGUACAGUUUAUGGAUUUACCUAAGAAUGAAAUAGAUAAAAAUGAUGAAGAGAAUUUAAAAGAAUGUCCAAGUGUAAGUGACUUAUUAAAUUAUAACUAUAUAGACUCAUGGACAAAGAUGAUUAUUACAAUGCUAAAAUUAGUUGAUAUCGAAAAAAUAUCACCAAUUUUUAUAUUACAAAAAGUGUUAAAUCUUAUAUGUAGAGUAAUACAUAAAAAAUAUGAAAGUGAAAAAAAACAUUUUAAUCAAAGACCAUAUUUUAGAUUAUUACAUUGUUUAUUAAUUGAUAUUAAUGAGCAAUGUAUUUAUUCAAAUGAUUUAUUGAUAUAUUUAAAUUGUUUUUCUGAAAUAUUUCUUUUAUUAUCACCUUUAAGAAUUCCUGCUUUUUGUUUUUCAUGGGUUGAACUUAUAUCAUCAAAAUAUUUUAUGCCCAAAUUUUUGUCAAAUAUUUGUGGAUGGGAUAAUUAUAAAAAAUUAUUAAUUCAUCUUUUUACAUUUUUAAAAUGUUUUUUAAAAAAAAUACAAGUAUCCAAAGCAAUUGAAUCAUUAUAUAUAGGAACAUUAAGAAUACUUUUAAUAUUAUUACAUGAUUUUCCAGAAUUUUUAGCUAGUUAUUAUGUUACUUUAUGUAGUAUAUUUCCAAUCAAUUUUAUUCAAUUAAGAAAUCUUGUACUUUCUGCAUUUCCAAGAAAUAUUAAAUUACCUGACCCAUUCAUGUCAGAUGUCAAAAUUGAUUUAUUACCAGAAAUUAAAAUAGUACCAAAAAUUUUAACAAAUAUAAGUUUCUUACUUUUUAAAAAUCGUUUGAAAUUUUUAUUAGAUGAAUAUUUUCACAAAAAAGAUUAUAACCUAUUGUUCCAAAUAAAAGAUAAAUUAUUACUUCCUAAAAAUAAAAUAUAUCAGUCAUUUAUUAAAUAUGAUAUGGAUAUUAUAAAUUCUUUAACUUUAUAUGUAGGAACAUAUAUAUGCAAAGCUAAAGUUAAUAACCUUUUUAAAUUUAAUAAUAAUUGUGACCCCAUAAACCUGACCAAAUAUUCAGAUGAUUCAAUUGAUGAUAAAACAGCCAUAUUGCAAGAACUAAUUUUAGAAAAUGAACAAGACAAUUUAAACAAGGGGAAAAAAAAAAAUAAUAAAAAAUGUAAUAGUAGGACAACUUCAAAGAAAGAACAAAGUAAAUUAAAAAAUGAAAAAAAUAAUUUAUCCAAAAAAUAUGUUGAACUUAUGAAAGACGAAUAUAUUGAACCUAAUCAACCUAAUCAACCUAAUGAAGAAGAACCAAAAACAUCAACAAAAUUGAAUAGUAAUUUAAAUGGAUCUAUCGAAAGUCGAAAGGAAAAGAAUAAAUCUGUUAUAGUUGUUAAGAAUAAUUUAUCAUAUACUCUUUUUUUAUUUUUAUCAAAAGAAUUAGAUAUGGAAGGUCGAUAUUUAUUAUUAUCAAACAUUGUUAACCAUAUAAGAUAUCCAAAUUCACAUACGCAUUAUUUUUCAUGCCUCAUAUUAUUUAUUUUCUCUCAAUCGAAUGAUAUAAUAAUACAAGAGCAAAUUAUUAGGGUCUUAUUAGAACGUAUAUUGGCACAUAGGCCCCACCCUUGGGGAUUAUUGAUAACGUUUAUAGAACUUAUAAAAAAUACAAAAUUUAACUUUUGGGAAUGUCCUUUUGUACAUGAAGCAGCGGAAAUAAAAAAACUUUUUCAAUCAGUAGCACAAGCAUGCCUAGGGCGCGUUUAA